UGAGUGAAAUGCAAAUCCAGUGUGUAUUGAAAUGAGUGAGGGUCCCGGAACACUCCAGGUUGUUGGGGACAAGUGAUAGUUACACACAAGUUGAGAGUUUUUGUUCCUAGACGAAUUUGGAAAUGAAGAUCUAUUGGAGCAACAGUGGCGGUUCUCGGAGGUUCGGAGCGGGGCCGGGGAGUGCCCCCUGAACAUUGUGCCUGAAAACAUGAAACAAAAUGAAAACCAACAGGCAGCUGGUGAGUGUGUGUGAGCACAUGGUGCAAAGCGGCGAGUCACGCCCAACCAUUGGUGGACCUCCACGGUGACAUCAUUCAUAUGGAUGAGGAGCAUUAUGCAUUAUUGAUGAGCCUACAGACAACAAGACUGGGGGGAAUCAUGAAACGAUUCAUUAUUAGAAUCAUUUGUGGAAAGUCUGUUGGAGAAAAUGGGAUACGCUGAGAGUUGCGUUGACAUGCAGUCGAGAAGAAGGAGUGUAUUAUCUGGCCCUGGGUCCAGCCUUAACAUUAGAGGGCAGACAUUGAAAAGUAGCCCAUUUUGUCCUCACUCCUCAGGCAAGUGGGCCCAAGCUAUGAUUAAAGAUCACAUGGUGUCUCACUACAAACGGAUUUAUUCAGCUAAAGCUGUGAUCGACACCUCAGUACCCAAAAGCCUUACGCAGAGUGUGCGGUACUUGGACCGGAUGAAGCAGGAACGUAUGAAGAAAGGCAGUCGUCCCCAGUCAGCGCCGUCGCUCUCCCACAGGAACAGCAGAGCCUCGUGUUACUCAGCACAAAGUCGAUGUUCCGUGCAGUCUGAAUAUGCACCCUACCUCUGCUCAAGAAACUCUAUGCUCUCCGCCCCCGGAUUUAGUAGCUCCUUUCACGCGAAGGAGGUUCCCUCUCCAUCAACUAAAGCUGCCCCUCAGAAUCAACAUCAUCAUCAUCAUCGCCCUCAUUCCGUCGCGGAACUCAAGUUCCAAAGCCAGGAGCCGACGUCCCACGGGCAGCCGUCGGCAUGUUACCCGUCUACCUCGGGCGAACCGAGCUUCGUCAAGGCGUUCCAGGAUCCCGUGCAAAAGACGUACAGCGGCGACUUGCUCCAGAAACAUUCGCAGCGCUUCACCCAAGACAAGCCUUUUACGCCGAAGAUGCUGAAAUCCGAGAAGAGCUCUUACCUGUCUAGUUAUCGCUACUACCGAGCACCGCGGGGCACGAAACUGGCUGAGGAGUGCGAUGACUUGAGAUCGGAGAAAGGAGCAAAAACUAUGCAGCACACACAGGAGUUGUAUGACCCAUCUCAGGAACUCAAAGAGCAGCAGUUGGCUGAGACCGAGCACACCGGCACAUAUUUAAUAACGCCAAAACAACAAACAAACAAGAGCCGAGACUGUGAUCCCUUCGACUAUUCCACCAGCUUCUCACUUGAGGGCCUAAACGUGUCGCCAAGUGCAGAGGAUGAAGAAUUAAUGUACCUGGAAUUUAUUUCUGAUGUAACGGAGGACAUCUUGUCCAGAGGAUCUGUCUCUGACAGGGUCCUCAACCGGGUGAUACAGCGGCAUAUUGAUAUGAAUCUGCAUCGUCUGGAUGAAGCUAAAAUGCGCCACCUUCUGGAUAUCCUGCGCAACAACCUGGACGAACCUUCCGCCCCGUCCUCUUACCGCGAGGAUCUUGGGAAAAAGGACCUGCUCGAUUCCCUCCUGGUGAUGCCCGAAUCGGCGCUGGAGCAGGUGAAAAGCGAAGAGGACAACAACCUCUUUUCUUACGUGAGCAAACGCGACAAUUCUCCAGAGCACUGCCUCGAGCCCGUGUUGAGCUCCACAUCGCUGUGGUCUCCUGAGAGAAGUUCUCCGCUAACAACGAAUGAAAAGCCGCAGGAGGAGGAAAACAACUGGGAAAAGGGCGUGAGUGAACAUGUUAGCAAUAAUGAAGGAAAGGAUGAAGAGGACGACCAACCGCUUGUGACGAAGCAGCCAAAGGCAAACGGUGAAGCCAGACAUGAGGAGUUCCUUGAGGACCAAGCUGAGGUAGACGUUGAAGGGCAAUCUAAAGAGCUUGAAGCCAUGGAAAGAAGGUUUUCAGAGUCGCUGCAUGUCGAUCAAGACACUAAAGGUGACAACUUGGACUCUUCCAGUGAACACCAAACAAAUACACUGGCUUCUGUCAGCGACGACGGCUUUUGAAUGUUGCAGACGUGGAAUGUUAAAGCCUCUCACACAGAGAUCCUGAAACUUGGCUGCAUUA